GCAGUUUGAGUAGCCUUCGAAGUUCGAUCCAGCGGUUUUUUUUAUAGUACAGAACUGAGAUGCCGUUCACAUCAGAGAGUUGAAGGGACUUGGAGUGUAAUGUAGGAAACAUGGCAUCCCUGGGUCCUGAAGACGACCUUUAUCCUAUCCAAGUUCUAAUAGACGAGCUUCGCAAUGACGAUGAGCAACGCAAUGAGGAUGUUCAACUCCGUCUCAACUCUAUCAAGCGGCUGUCAACUAUCAGUCUCGCACUUGGAGAGGAGCGAACAAGAAAAGAACUUAUUCCAUUUGUAUCAGAUUUGAUGGAUGAUGAAGACGAAGUUUUGUGUGCAUUGGCUGAACAGCUUGGAAACUUCUUGCCUCUUGUUGGAGGCGAAGAGCAUGCUCAUUGUCUCUUGCCACCUCUGGAAAACCUAGCAACAGUCGAAGAGACAGUAGUACGGGAGAAAGCUGUCGAGUCCCUUCGUACAAUUGGUGCUCAACACAGUAGUGCAGAUGUGGAGACUCAUUUUGUCCCGAUGCUCCGUCGGCUAGCUCAAGGAGAUUGGUUCACCGCCAGAGCGUCCGCGUGUGGACUAAUUAAGCCUGCUUACGUUGGAAUAGGCCAAGGAGCCAUUCGUGGUGAAAUUUGUACCAUGUUUCGUGGACUGUGUGGGGAUGAUACUCCUAUGGUACGUCGUGCAGCAGCUGGCAGAAUUGGGGAGCUUGCUCCAUGUAUGGAGACUGACCACUUGCGCGCUGAGCUGAUCCCCGUCUGGGGUACCCUCUCAACAGAUGAGCAGGAUUCAGUGCGUGUUUUGGCAGUGGAUGCCUGUGGUGUCAUAGCCAAGAUUUUGAACAAGGAGGCGACAGAAGAGGUCGUGAUGCCGAUUGUACGCGAAGCCAGUCGCGACAAGUCUUGGCGUGUUCGCUUAGCGACAGCAGAUAACUUCAGCAACCUAGUAGGAUCCGUCACCACAGAUCUGGUGAAGACGGAGCUUGUUUCGACAUAUGCGACUCUGCUAAAGGACCCAGAGGCGGAAGUCCGAACAGCAGCAUGCAAGCGACUCCGGGCCUUCUGUGAGCAACUGCCAGAAGAGUUCCGUGAAGACGCUGUCAUGGCAGACAUUCUGCCCUGCGUUCAGACACUUGUAAAUGAUGCGAACCAGAAUGUAAAAAUCGCUCUUGCCGGUGACUUGAUGAGUCUAGCAACCUUCUUGGGAAGGGAGAAGACGGUUGAACAUCUUCUGCCACUCUUCCAGUCACAGCUCAAGGAUGAAGUGUCAGAAGUCCGCCUCAACAUUGUGAAGAACCUAGAUUCAGUGUCAAGCGUGAUUGGUGUAGCGCAGCUAACACAGUCUAUUCUACCAACGGUUGUGGAGCUAGCAGAAGAUACCAAGUGGCGGGUGCGCCUUGCUAUCAUCGAGUACAUGCCCCUUCUCGCCAAGCACCUCGGUCCCGAUGUGUUUAGUGACAAGUUCAAUGGCCUGUGCAUGAACUGGCUUGUGGACAACGUCUAUGCAAUCCGUGUUGCAGCAGCGACUAACCUCCGGAGGCUUGUGGAGACGUUUGGCAAGGACUGGGCACAGGCCAGCAUCUUACCGAAGGUGUUGGCGAUGGCACGAGACCCAAACUACCUGCAUCGACUUACAACGCUCUUUUCAGUCAACAUGCUCGCAGAGGCUGUGGGUGCUGAGCUCGUUCACUCAUCCGUUCUCAAUGUCAUCGUCCAGUUAGCGUCAGACAGUGUGGCCAACGUCAGAUUUAAUGUAGCACGUACCCUUGGUCGCCUGGCUGCCAUUCUGGAUAAGGAUCAUCGCAGUGUCGUGACCAGUGAGAUCAAGCCAGUCCUGGAGCGCCUCAACCAGGACUCUGACCCGGAUGUCAAGUUCUUUGCCACCGAGGCACUUGUGGUAGUUGCAAGUUAAUUUUUGUUUUAUAAGGCAUUGACAUGCAGCUCAGUGUAGCAAGAAUAUGUGAUGUGUGGCUGCAAUGAGGGUGUUGUGACCAAUUAUUAGAUCAAGCCAGUCCUGGAGCGCCUCAACCAGGACUCUGACUCUGACCCAGAUGUCAAGUUUUUUUGCCACUGAGGCACUUGUGGCAGUUGCAAGUUACUUUUUUUUAAUAAGGCAUUGACAUGCAGCUCGGUGUUGCAAGAAUGUGUGUGAUGUGUGCAUUGUGCUUGCAAAGCAAUAAAGGCAACCUACUUGUGUGUGACAGA